UCGGCCAGUCGCUGAGUCCGUGUCGCCGACGCACCCUCUCCGUCGCUCGUCGCUUCGCGUGUGAACCCCCGGUCUGUGCAGUGCCAGGAAGAGGAGCAGCAACCCCCCGGCCAGAGCUACGCGCGGCGCGGCGAUGUAGUGGCAACGCAGUGGAAGAGCCGCGGCGAGUGACGGGAGCAUGUCUGUUAGUGUGUCGCGAGACGAGGUUGAGUGCGAAGGAUUUCGGCAAGGAUGUCGCGAGACCCGUACGGCGGUCCCGCCGGAGGCGUCAACAGUGGCGGCAUAGGAACCCGCUCCCCGCGGAGCUCUAGACGAGUGGGCGAGCUGCCGACGGUGGACCGCUCGCCGUCGCGAAACUACCCCAGCGCCGGGGCCACGGGGAGUCGGAGCAGUCCGCUCGGGCGGAAGCCCGCCGAGCAGAAUGUCGGCUACGGCCAGAUGAGCGGGCCGGGCUACUACCGGGACGAGGAGCUCGGGAGCCCCACGAUGAUGGUCGAGGAGCGGGGCCGCGCUGGGGCCUCCCACCGCUCCCGUAGCGCCACCCGCGCCGGGCCCGUCUCCGGGGCCCCCAUGUCGGUCCGCUACCAGUCCCUCGAGCGGGACCCGGGACUCCACGACCGCGAGUUCCUCCCCAUCCGGGAGCCCCGCGAGCGCUCGCUCGACCGGGGGCGAUCCCUGGAGCGCGGCAUGUACCUCGAGGACGAACUCUACCAGUCCGGGCGCUCGGCCCGGCAGUCGCCGAGCACCCACCUCCGGGACUCGAGCGGGGGCUACCUCGGCGAGCUCACCCACCAGAACAACGACCUCCAGCGGGAGCUCGCCAACCUCAAGAAGGAGCUGGAGCUCACCAACCAGAAGCUCGGCUCCAGCAUGCACAGCAUCAAGACUUUCUGGAGCCCGGAGCUCAAGAAGGAGCGGGCCCUGCGCAAGGAGGAGUCCGCCAAGUACAGCCUCAUCACCGACCAGCUCAAACUCCUCAACUCGGAGAAUCAGAAACAAGCAAUGCUAGUGAGACAACUGGAAGAAGAGUUGCGACACCGGAUGCGGGGUCCAACGCUCGAAAUCCAAGGUCAGCUGGAGGUCCUUUACGCGGAAAACGAACAUCUAACGAGAGAGGUCGCCAUCUUGAGGGAAACAAUCAAGGAGCUAGAACUAAGAAUAGAAACGCAGAAACAAACGCUACUUGCCCGGGAUGAAAGUAUCAAAAAACUUUUAGAAAUGCUGCAGAAUAAAGGCGUGGGUAAAGAAGAAGAACGAGCCAUGUUGCACCAAAUUCAAGCCUUAGCACAGAAACAGGAGCUUAAAGCAGCUAACGAAACCUUACGGGCCCUGCAGGUACAGCUAGAGCGCGCGCUGCAGGCUCAGGUGCCGAGCGGCGCGGCGCCGUCUAACGCCACGCUCAAGGCCAUCCUGGAGACGAAGGACGCCCGGAUCACGACCCUGGAGAAGGAGGUGGAGCUCCUGGAGGACGAGCUGGACCGGAUCCGGGAGAGCGGUGGAGGCGGCCGGCCCCUCUCCCUGUCCCUGGGCCGCUUCUCCCCCUUCCUCGACUCCUCCCUAGACUCGGCCGCCUUCGGCCUCAACCUCAAGCGGCAAUUGGAUGAAUUUCGGGCAGAAAUAACACGGCGAGAUCAAGAGAUCUUGGCAAUGAAUGCAAAGAUGAAGACCUUAGAGGAGCAACACCAGGACUACCAACGACACAUUGCUGUCCUCAAGGAAUCUCUCUGCGCCAAGGAAGAACACUACAAUAUGCUUCAAACAGACCUGGAUGAACUGCGGCAGCGAUUGGAAGAGAAAAACCGGCUGAUAGAGAAAAAGACUCAAGCAGCUCUGCAAGCAACACAGGAGCGGAAUAGAUUGAGUGCUGAACUUACAGAACUGAAGGAUCACAUGGACAUAAAAGAUAGGAAAAUCAAUGUCCUGCAGAGAAAGAUUGAAAAUCUGGAGGACCUUUUAAAAGAAAAGGAUAAUCAAGUGGAUAUGGCCAGAGCUAGGCUUGCCGCCGUUCAAGCACAUCACUGCACCUCAGAAGGUGCCUUGUCAAGUUUAGAGGAAGCUAUUGGAGAUAAAGAAAAGCAAAUGAACCAACUGCGCGAACAGAGAGAUCGCGCAGAGCAAGAACGUCAAGAAGAGCGUGAAUUCCAUGAAAGAGACAUCGCAGAAUAUAAACUGAAACUGCACACAUUGGAGAGCGAGGUAGAAAAACUAGCCGCACGGUUAGACCGAGCUCAGUCAGAAAAAGAUAGACUGGAAUCAAAACUCGAAAGUUCUCAAUCUGAACUAGGAAAAUCAAAAGCAGAGCUCGAAAAAACAGCUGGCGAGGCAGGUCGCACUAGUGCAGACUGGGAGGCUGCAAGACAAAAAAUCACGCGGCUUGAAUUGGAGAACGAACGCCUGAAACACGAUCUAGAACGGUCACAAACUACAUUUGGACGAAGUACACUUUCAACGUCACAAGAACUUGACCGCAUCCAGGAGCGUGCGGACAAAGCUACCGCUGAGCUCAGGAGAGCACAAGCAGAGCUCCGCGUUACUCAAGCUGACAACGAGAGAGCACGCUCUGAGUCCUCUCAACUUCAGGAGAAGGUGGAGAAGUCGCAAGGGGAGAUCUACCGACUGAAAGCAAAGCUAGAAAAUGCUCACGGAGAAAUAGAGAGUCUGAAAGCUGAGUACGAACGAGCUCAGUCAUCAAUUAGUAGGAUAAUAGCUGAGCGGGAUCGAGCAACGAUGGACCUGGAAAAAGUCAAGGAAGAGUUGGAAAGAAGUCAGGCGACCCUCGGCAAAGCUCAACUGCAACAGGAGAAACUACAGAAUGCACUCGACAAAGCUCAAAGUGAGGCAGAUAAGUUGCAAGAGCGGUUAGACAAAUCAACAGGCGAAGUACGGAGGUUACAAAUGGAGAAGGAAAAGCAAAACUAUGACUUUGAGAGUGUCCAGUCACAACUGGACAAAGCUUUGGGCCAAUCAACACGACUUCAAAAAGAGCGAGAGAAUAUUCAGCUGGAGGCUGAUAGGCUAAGGGACAAGUGUGAAAAAGCUCAGAUUUUGACAGCACGACUUCAAAAAGAACGAGACCAGUAUCAAGAAGAGGUUGAAAAGCUGAAGGAACGCUUAGAAUUGCAACAGAGUCAAGGCCUAAAAGCGCAACGUGACAAAGAGAACCUCCAGACUGAGCUCGAAGUGAUACGAGAGCGAUGGGAGAAAGCACAACAGACACUGCAAAAGUUACAGCUUGAGAGGGAUGACUCUGUGACUGAAAUAGACAUUUUGAAAGAUAAACUAGAGAAGAGCCAGACCACUCUCUUAAAAGCAAUCGAAGAUAAAGAAACUGCUAACAAAGAAUUCGAGAGACUUCUUGAGAAAUACGACAGAAUACAAAGUGAAGUUUACCGCCUUCAAACCAAAGUAGAAGCUGCAGAAUCUGAUAAAUCUCGAAACGACAUAGAGAUUGAGAAAGCACAAGCGGCAGCAGCAAAAGCUCGCGAAGAACAACGCAAGUUGCAGGAAGAGUUGCAACGUGUACAAGAGCUUUAUGAUAGAACUGUACUUCAACUAGGUAGAACCAAAGAGACAGAGGACAAAUUCAAGGACGAUAUUGACAGAAUGAGCGUUGACUUAGAAAUGAUGCGUGAGCGCUACGACAAAUCCCAGAUAGAACUGCGACGACUGCAAGCAGAUCGAGAAAAAUUGCAGGCAGAGAGUGACCGAUUUACAUUUGAGCUUGAACGCGCCCACAAUCAAAGCGCAAAAUCUCAAGCGGCAUAUGAAAAGGGCCAGGAGGAAAUAGCAAGGUUAUCCAUUGAAAUUGAAAAAAUGCACGACAAAAAUGACAAGCUUCAAACAGAGUUCCGUAAGGCACAGUUGGAGCUUGAAAGAUACCGCUCUGAUGCAGAAACCUUAAAGCAAGAGAGCGAACGAUAUGCAGCAAAGGUCGGGAAAUUCCAAGAGAGUACAGCAGAAAUAGAAAGACUUCGUGAGAGUUGUGAGAUGAUUAAAGGUAAAUAUAAUUACGAACAGGAACGAAAUGAGAAGCUAAGUAAGAACAAUGAAAGAUUAGAGAGCAGACUGCAUGAGUUACAAUUGGAAGUUGAAAUGCGGCAGGCGGAGAUUUCUAAGCUAGUGGCUUUACACGAAAAACACCAAAAAGAAAUAGAAAGAAUCCACAUAGAGUGUGAGAAGAUUCGCGAUAAACAUGAGAAGACAAUGUUUGAAAACGAACGACUGAAGAAUGAACUGAGUAGCAGAGGCCCGCAAGAUGCGGACGCUGAAAGGCUCAGAGACAGACUGGAGAAAACUCAACAAGCACGAGAGAAGGUUGAGGUGGAACUAGGAAAGAUGUCACGUGAACUUGAGCGACUGCAAUUAGAAAACGAGCACCUUAAAUCCGAGCGAAAUAGGGUCGGAGACGCAGAACUGGAGCGUGUUAGGGAACGACUGAACCAAACGAAUCAAGUUAGAGAGAAACUUGAGCUGGAGGUCGGCCGUCUUACCCGGGAGUUAGAAAAAUCGCAGCAGCAUCUUGGAAAAUACCAGGAGACUAAUGAAGCAACACAGAUAGAAUUCGAAAGAAUGUCAACUGAAAUAACUCGGAUGCAUGAAAAGCUUGAAAAGACUCAGUCCGAGCUGAGGAAGAUCUCUGACGAGAAAGUCCGCCUGGAGAAUGAACUCUAUCAAACUAAACGAGCCUUAGAACAAGUACAAACAUCGCAGCACAGCGGUGAUCAUCGACUGAAAGAAGAGUUCAUGAAAUUGCAACAGGAAUACGCACAAGCUUGCCGCGACAGAGAUAGGAUGGCUGGCGUUUCAGAAAAACGCGGACAGCAGUUGGAGAAGAUCGAAAACCAAAUGACUAAAAUGGAGGACGAGUGGAAACAACUAGUUUUAGAGCGAGACCAGCUGGUUUUGCAGCUGGAAAAAUCCCAGGAAAUGCUAAUGACAUUCCAACAAGAGCUGCAGCAGUCAGAGGCAGAACUCAGCCGAGAGAGAGAUGAAAUGAAGCGACUCAAGACUGACCAAAGUAGAAAUAAGGACAGCAGUAAAGCAGCUUCCGACCAAGAGCUGAUGAAACUGCAACAAAUACUGCAAGCUAAGGACCAGGAUAUCCAGAACCUGCAUCAGCACUUGCAAGCGAAGGACCGCGAGCUGGCUAAACUCCAACAGCAGCUGCAACAGCUAUCACAGAAUGUUAAUCGCGAGCGGCAACAGAUCAUGGAACAGGAGCUUGAAAAAUGGCAACAGAUAGUGGAGGUUGAACGACAGAAGUCAGCGGAGUUGCAAAAACAGGUCCAGAUCCUAUCGCAGCAGUCGAGUCAAGGCAAUGAGAUGAUAAAGAAAGUACAAAUGCUCGAGAAGCAACUCCAAGCGGCACAAAAAGAGACCGCGGAGACAAAAGAUAGUUACGCUAAGCGCGUACAAGCAUUGGAGAAACAGUUGCAGACGCAACAGGCUGGAGCUUCUGGCGACGUUCAGAAGUUGCUCAAAGAAUUGGAAAAAGCACACGCGGAACUCAAGAACUUCAGUGUGGAGAAAGAUCGGCUCCAGUCGCAAUUAGAAAUGCUUGUUCAGGAGCUCGAGAGAAACCAGCUGGAACUUCACGAAGCCAAUCAGAGGAUCGCAGCUGGCGCAGCGAAAGCUGGCGAAGAGACUUCCGCUCUCAAGACACAACUUGAUGAGCAGAAGAAGCAACUAGAGAAUCAACGUAGAAAAUUAGAUGAACAUAGAAAAGGAAUAGACACAAGGGCCAAGCAGUUAGAGGAUAAGGAAAAAACACUAGCAGAUUUAGAAUUGAAACUAAAGAAAAGAAAAGAAAACUUGGACCAGUUAGAAGCUCAAAAAGGUAGUAAAUCAGUAGCAGAUGUUGAAGCAGUGAGACAAUUGGAGGAGGAACUAAAGGCAUACCAACUAGAAUUAGAAAAGAGCAGGGAGGAUGCAAAACGAGCUCAAACAGAAACAGAAAGACUUUUACAGUUAGUUCAAAUGACCCAAGAAGAGCAAAACAACAAAGAAAAACAAAUUAGGGACCUCCAAGAAGCACUGAAAGCUGCACAGUUAAAAUUACGAAAUGCUGCGGCAGCUGGAGCACAAGGACGAAAAGAUGACGAGUCCACCUACGAUAGCAUCCCUAAUUCAGAGGAAAUAAAAAGCGUGACCGACGAUUCCAAGCAACAGCAACAGCGAAUCGUUGCACUAGAGAGCCAGGUGAAAUGUCUGGAGGAAGCUUUAAAAAGUCACAGUAUCGACGAACUGGAGGAUCUUUUGGAUGUGGUAUCGCUGAAGGAUGCACGAAUUGAAGAGUUGGAGGAGGCGUUGAAGGAAAGUGUUCAAAUCACUGCUUGCCGAGAAAGGGACCUCCAGGAGGAAGAAACGCGGAGAAAAAGAAUUGUAGAGAAGGUUAACACUCUUGAACAACGAUUUUUAUCAAUACAAGGAGCACGAACAUUGAGAUGCACUACUUGUAGACCACUAAUAACAAGACUACAAGAACUGGAACAAAGGUUGACAGAGCUGACCACUGAGCGAAAGCAACAUUUAAGGGAAUUGAUGUUGAUGAAACAAGAGGCAUUGGAGGCAGCCAUAAGCGAGAAAGAUGCUCACCUAGCCUUGCUGGAAAUGUCAGGUAUUCGUACGGCCAAACAAGCAGCACAAGCUGAACGACUAAGAACUGAUCGGACACGUCUUACUCAAAGACUAAAAUUGGAGACGGAGAACAGUGCAUUUUUAAUCCAAGAAAAGCAUGAUGCAUGCAGUUCGAGUGGUUCCACUGAUGAUGAGGAAAUCUCAAUACCUGUGUCCACAAAACUUUCAAGUAUGAACGGGAAACUCUCCACAAAGCAUCCUGAGAAUGAAAAAACAUGAAACGAAAGCUACAAAUUGACCUUGUGUAAAAAUUUCCGUAGUCUUUCCUUUUUCAGCGCACAAAGAUCUUGUAAAUAAGUGUUUAAGACGCGAUUUUCACUGCCUUUUCGUCAUUAUCAAUCCUGUACAAAAAUACUUUGCCAGUGAGCAAACUGCAAAUAUACCAUGAAGGAAAUUGCCUUCCUAAAUGUUUUUCUCCGGUUUUAAAGGUUGUUGUUUUUUUUUCCAUUAAAAAUCUAGAGUUUGCAUCCAUUGAUUUGUAUAUUUCAAUUGAUCUUAGGUUUUGCAGUUUGGUCACUACAUGAUUUGUUUUUAAAGCAUGUAAAAGUUUGUUUCAGAGGAGUAGGCUGUGAGAAAAAGGUAUGAUCACAUUUUGAAAAAAGGCUCUGAGAUGAUAAUCUUGUCUGGUUUCCCUAGUUUUUCAAAAAGCUUCAUUUCACCUAUCAUACAUGAAUUAGGUGAAUACUCAGCCACUUCCACAAUUACAGGUUGCUACUGUCACUGAUGCCUCUAGCAAUUUAAGAUCAUUAAAAUACCUGCUCUUAUGAAGCAAACUUACGAUAAAACAUGAAAAUGUAUUUUUUGAGAUCUCCUUACAUUGAUUAUUGACGCUAAUCGGUGGAAGUAUCGCAAGCUAAAUCGCUAAGUCAAAAUUUUUCAUACCGAAAUACAUUGUUAAUCCUAAUUAUCCAUGAAAUUCCAUGGUUUUGUUACCAAUGUUGUGCUAAUUACUGACUGAAUAUUCUCAUUUUUAGUAUUCAAAUUAAACUUCCUGCAUUGACUUUCAUUAGUUCUUGGUUGUCAAAGAUCGACUAAAGAACGAACCUUUCAUCUGCAACAUUUUCUUCUGAUUUGUUGAUUGCUUGGAGCAGAAAUAAAUACACUCACAUGUAUUACCAUACAUGGAUUACAAUACACAACUUUGAUAACCAUGAGAAUGAAAUGCAUUCGUUGCAUCUUAGAUAAGGCCGUUAGAGUUUGGAAAUAUUGAUGUUUGGAAUCUGCGCCUCGCUCUGUAGCAGCAGGCAGAGGCUAACAACUUGCGUGUUGAGAAAUUCUAAAAUAUUAAUUGUUGUGUUAUUUUGUUUUAAGCUCUGAGCUGCUCACUGCGCAAUAUUACACACUCUCUAACUACUUAAUCCAAGCUGUGGUGCUUUUAAGCAUUGAAUUUGGGGUUGGACUUAACCACGCCUAACUAAAUGAUCUGAAAUUUGACCAAAGUAUUUUUGAUCUCGUUUGUACUUUUGCCGAUUAGCAUUUUUUUGAAAACUCAAAUUUUUUAAUCUUAUUAUUUUUUCAUUUUUGUGGAUUAGAAUUCUGUGCAUUGUUAAUGUGUUCACAAAUUUAAUUUACUGUUGAAAACUAAUGCGAUAAAAGUAAAAUCUUUUUCCAUUUUUUUCCAGAGAAAGUCGUGAAUUGUUUAAGCAAAUGUUAUUAACUGCAUCGAAAAAUACAAUCAUCUCAUAUAAUACAUUUAAUAAUAAAAAAAACUUGAUAAUCGGAUAAAAGUCAUAGGUAUUCUUCACAUUGGCAUUUUUUUAAAAAUAAACUGCUAGAGACUUUCUACUUUUAAUAAUCCCAGAUGAAUUUCUAACAGGAUGAAGAAGUUAUAAGCAUUGAUGAGAAAAUUAAAGGAAUUUCUACCUAUACCUAAAUUUAAAGCCUGUUUCUAUUCUAUAUUAAAUUAAGCAUUGUUAGGUAAGACUUUGACAUCGUUCUACAAUUACUUUUCUUUGAGUUAUAAUAAACAGAAUGAAACUGUCCCAUUAAAUAUUUAUUAAGCCAUGACUAUUUUUGCUAUUCUAAGUCAAAAACUUUAAUGACACUGACUGCUUGAAAUUUGAUGAUUUCGACUGAAAAUUAUUUUUUUCUUUCGAAAAGAAAAGCUGUAAAAUAUUUUUCCUUAUUUUAUAAAAACCAUGAAGAGUAAUUUUUAAACAACUUAAUUUCUUAUUUGUCCUGCUACUUGUUAGACAUUCACUUGUUACACUAAUCAUCAUAUAUAUAAGUGUUAACAUUUGAUUUAAUGUGUUACAUACUUGUUUAUAAUUGUUAUACAUGAAUGUUUUAUUAUUUAUAAAGUUUGUAAUAAGUGUAUAAAAUGAAAUUAUUGAUAGUUGUUGUUUUGUUCAUUUGAUUUGAUUCAUUUGAGUCUCUUUCCUUUUAAGUUAAGGUCAUGAUUUUUGUUCAAACGUUUAAAAGCUUUUCCAAAGCAAUAUCUCAUUACACUGAACUAAUAAUAAAUCCACUUUUCAUGUUCGUUAUGCGAAUCUUUUCUGAAUAAAUUACUAUUCAUUUUGCCAACAUCCAUUCACUAGUGAUGGAUAUUAAUAAUGGAAAUUGUUAAUAUUGUGACAAUAAAGAAUUAAAAAUAAUUUUUGGAUGCCCCUUCAAACUUUUGACAACAGCAGUUUAUUUUCUUUGUUCCUUAAUUUCUUUUUCAAAUAAGAAAUGCCCACCCUCUUCUGGACUAAAAUUUAACCUUUCUUAAAAGUUGUCUUUUGUAAUGCUUGAUGAGAACAUUUUUAAUACAUCUGAUUUAGUAGUGCCAUUAAAUUUUAAUAUUUUUCUUUUGAUCUGUUUUUAAAAACUUUUGAUAAAACUGAGUUGCAAAGUUCAACUCCGUGCAUAUGUCUGGUUUUUUAUUGAAACACUAUUUAAAAAAUAGCGUAAAUAUAAAAAUAUUGCUGGGAUUAGGAUUUUAUUUUUUGUUCUCAACCUUAAAGUUGUUUCAUGGAAAGACAGCAACUUUAAACACGCUAUUCAGAGGCCUUUAGCAAAACCUUCCACUGUAUUUUGUUGCAGACCUACACAUCCUGAGAUUCACCAGACACCUAUUCUCUCAUACUUAGCACUAUGCCAUUCCAACCAAACUUUCGAUUAACUCAAUUGUGCAUACUUAACAGUCGUUAAACUUAUUGUUCUGUUGUUUAAUAUCACCGUGGGUGACUGCAAAAAAGCCUAAUCAAUUAAAAAAAGCCUUAAACAGAAAUCUCCUCUCUACUGGUAAUAAUCAUGUUGUCCAAAUUAAAAAGGGGCUAAGGAAAAUUUUUCGUUUAGCACACCUGCAUUAUCUGGCUCUCAAUCUCCUUUGCAUUUCCAUUUUUAUUUUAAGCUUAAAAAUGUAACAUUUCAUUUGUAAAACAUAUCACUACUUGUCAUUUUGAAUCAUAUUUUGUCUAAUAGAAUUAAAGACAUACCUACUUAAUUAUAAAAUGAUUAAAAUACAUUCAAUGUAAUGCAAAUGUUGAAA